GACGCGAACAACACUCCUCCCUGCUGCCAAUCUUACCAUUCUUGUUCUUGCUCUUCUGCACCCCGCUCCUAGAUCGGGAUGGGGAAACCGAGGGCCUCCGGUGAUGUCAGGACCGGGGCGCUUGCUUCCGGCAGCGGAGGCGCGACGGCGCCGCUCCUCCCCCGGAAUGAUCGCACGGCGGAUGCCAAGGUCCAGGGAGGCUCCCUCUUUAUGGUCCUGCUCAGCACCGCGGUCGCCGUCUGCGGCGCCUUCGAGUUCGGCACCUGCGUUGGUUAUUCUGCACCCACUCAGUCAGGAAUAGAGCGCGAACUCGGACUAUCCAUGGCUGAGUUCGCUAUUUUUGGGUCUGUAUUGACUAUCGGGGCAAUGAUUGGUGCCGUUACCAGCGGACGCUUAGCGGACUCUCUUGGACGUAAAAUGACCAUGCGGAUAGCAGCUACUAUUUGCGUUUUUGGUUGGCUUUCUAUACAUUUCGCUAAGGGUGCUAUUAUGCUCUAUUUUGGAAGAACCUUGCUGGGCUUUUGUACCGGUGUUCUUUCUUAUGUGGUGCCUGUGUUCAUAGCUGAAAUAGCGCCUAAGGAUCUCAGAGGUGGCCUUGCAACUUCAAACCAGUUGUUGAUCGUUUGUGGGAGUUCGACUACUUACAUAACAGGGGCGCUGGUUACAUGGCGCAAUUUGGUAUUAGUUGGUAUAGUGCCAUCUGUUCUCCUCUUAGUAGGUCUUCUCUUCAUUCCAGAGUCACCAAGAUGGCUGGCUCAGGUUGGAAGGGAGGAAGAAUUCCACACCGCAUUGCAGAUGCUGCGUGGAGAGAAUGCUGACAUAUCUGAAGAGGCCAUUGAGAUCAAAGAGUACAUUGAAUCCCUCCAAAGCCUCCCAAAGGCCAGGAUUCAGGACUUGUUUUUGAGCAGAAAUAUAUUUGCGGUCAUUGUGGGUCUUGGCUUGAUGAUCUUCCAGCAAUUGGGAGGGAUAAAUGGUGUAGGCUUUUAUGCAAGCUCUAUCUUUAGUUCUGCAGGAUUUUCUGGAAAACUUGGAACCAUAUUAAUUGGCAUUGUUCAGAUUCCCAUUACAUUGCUUGGCGCCUUUCUCAUGGAUAGGAGUGGAAGAAGGGUUCUUCUAAUGGUUUCCGCAUCUGGGACAUUCUUGGGCUGCUUUUUGACAGGAAUAUCGUUCUACCUAAAGGCGCACGGACUAUUCCUAGAAUGGGUUCCUGCAUUGGCUCUUUCCGGCAUCCUGGUAUAUAUAGGUGCAUACUCAAUUGGAAUGGGCCCCGUCCCUUGGGUUGUCAUGUCUGAGAUAUUCGCGAUUAACAUCAAAGCAAUCGGCGGAAGCUUGGUGACCCUCAUUAGCUGGCUUGGUUCCUUCGCGGUCUCUUACUCGUUUAACUUCCUCAUGGACUGGAGCUCAGCAGGGACGUUCUUCAUGUUCUCUGCGGCGAGCUUGGUCACUAUACUGUUCGUGGCAAGGCUAGUGCCUGAAACCAAAGGAAAAACACUCGAAGAGAUCCAGGACGCAUGGAAUUAAAGAAGAUAAGGAUUAACAGAAACGACCAGAGGCAGCACAUAUACAUAUACAUUGACAUUUUCCCCACUCCCCCAUAACCCCACGCUAGCCUCCCUGUCAUGCAUCGUGCUGUAGUCUACUCUCUAGGUUAAGGAUAUUCAGAUUGUAAAGCAACAGAGCACUGUUCUGUUCUUGAGAAAAUCUUUACCUAAUACAAACACAUUAGUUUUUGUUU